AUGGGACCGGACGCCACAGAAUUUAAAAGCGACCUAAAGUGUCGGCUGUACUUUUUAAUGGAGCAGCCAUCCAGUAGCAGCGCUGCUUUCUAUACUAACGUGGUGGUUUCUAUGCUGAUUGUAUUGAGUGCUGUCAUGACAACCAUUGAAACUAUCCCGGCAUUUCGGUCAAACGAGAGCAACAACAGGUUCAAAUUGGAGACAACCAUGGUCGCGCUUUUCACGCUUGAGUACCUCGUCCGUGUGUUUGCUCAUUCAGAUUCAUUUCGUAUGCUGGGUCACUUUUUCCUAUCUCCACUUUCCAUUAUUGACUUUAUCGCAAUCAUGCCAUUUUAUAUCGAGCUUAUUGCCAGACGUGAUACGACAUACGAAUUUCGGUUUACGAUCCUGCGAUUGUUUCGCUUGCUACGUCUAUUCAAGUCGUACAAAUACUCCAACGCUAUCAUCAUGACAAUUGAGGUUAUGGUUGUUGCGCUGCGACGCUCAAGUGAUGCGCUUUAUGCGCUGUUGUUUUUCGUCGUGACGUCGGUAGUUUUGAUAGCUACUUUGCUCUAUUUUGCCGAACGCGGUGUGUGGGACGAUAAUCUACAGACGUUUGUUGAUCCGUACGGCGAUCCAAGCUCUUUUGACAGUAUUCCUGCCGCAUUCUGGUUUGUUUUGGUUACCAUUACAACCACUGGUUAUGGCGAUAUGGUACCUGCGACCUUUAUUGGCAAGUUGAUUACUUUCCCGGCCAUGUUGUUCGGUGUUCUGUUGAUUGCUUUGCCUUCUAUCAUUAUUGGCCGCAAUUUUACUAUUGUAUGGGAGGCGAUGAAGCGUCGGCAAUAUUAUAGCCAGUUGACAACUUCAGAUCCGGAAGACACACCGGGUAAGGAUCAUAUUUAUCAUUGCACAGCCAUGCAAACGUGA